AUGCACAGAGCAGCGCUGAUAGGGAAAAGUCCAAGGUCAAGUGUCAAAAUUGCUCCUGUUUUCGUUUUCUGAGCUUACAACGAAGGAGUCUAUGUUGUAAAAUUUAAACCAUACUGGAUCGGUGUUCGUAAGAUUAACAACAAAUGGAUGAUACCCGUACAGGACAAAUCUCCUGAAUACAUUCCGGUCACUUACACGAAUUGGGGACCAUCACAACCAGAUGGCUGCUGUUCGUAUGAUAUUACCUGUGUUGUGGUGAAUCACUGGGACGAACGAGGGGAAUGGGAUGAUGAAGGCUGCAACAGUCAUGUGGAAUACGCUGGCACUGUUUGCCAGAAACAAUCGUUGUGA